AUCCAUUUACCAUGGAGAUGCACUCUCGUAUUACCAACAAUUGACCGAGGGAUCACUCUGAAAUAUAGCUUUAGCAAACUAAAAUGUAUUUUCUUCAAAUAAACGGGAAAUCUCAUUUAGAAGUCCUAUCACUAUGUUAAUAUGGAGAUUCAUUGGUUUUUCUUCACAUAGACUUUAUGCACACCGUAAAUUACGAAAAAGAGUGUCAAGUCGGUGUAGGAAUGUGGCACUUCAAAAUGGCUGCCAGUCACUUUAGUAAUUUACGGCUCUAUCUUUCUUUGUUAUCGCUUGUAUAAUUACGACGGUGGAUCAAGAAAGAGAACAUUUGAAUUAAUCCAAAAAUAGUGUAUCAUACGUUCAACAGGCACAUUAUAGUCGUUAAAUGGAUCUUAGAAAAACGUGAGAACGGAAUAUGCUCAGGAAUCACAUUCUCGUCACCAUUGCUUUAAAAGAACUUACUUGAAGUAUUUCUUUGGCGAACACCUUAAUUGUGUGUUGAAUAAAGUGUUUAAGAACGACAGAUUAUAUAUAGAGAGAAUUUAUAAUCGAUUAAAUAGCACCUAUAUAGAAUAGGUUAAGCUUGGAGAUGAGUCCUAUCAUGUACGAGAAUACGAUGAGCACUUCUUGAAAAUUUUGUGUACACCGAUGUUUUAUUAUAGUUCUUGCAAUUUCGCACAUAAAACAUGCACGAAAUUGUAAGCCAUUCGAUGUGUUGCAUCCAACCCUUUGUGUAUUGUGGAUCGCUAGACUAUAUAUCGUUUCUACUACCAUGACAGCCCAGAGCAUCUAUGCAAAAGUACAUUAACAUCGAUCCUGUUCUAUAUAUAUAUGCCACAGCCAGAUUAAAGCUAGGUCCCUAAGGACCUAGCAUGGGCCACUAUGAAUCCACCUGCGGUCAGCAAAUCGAGCACUCGUGGCUCUGGAUACCAUCAAAAAGCACUAGCUGAAAUCCGCAAUUCUUUACUACCAUUUGCAAACAUUGGAGGAGCUGGAGAAGUUGGUUCCAGUGCAGCCAGUACAAUAUCAACUUUAUCCACAACUAGUGGUAUCAGUUCAGCAUCCGGUCUCAGUGGUCUUUCAGCUGCAUCUGGGUGCACAGAUAAACCUGAUCAACGGCAGGCAUUAGCACAGUUAUUAGCUAUGGGAUACUCAGAGGAAAUAGGGUUGCGUGCCCUUAAACUCGCAGGAUGGCGCUUAGAUGGAGCAAUAGAAUUUUUAAAACAAGCACAAGGAGAAUCUCUUAAUGGUCUUGGUAAACUUAAUACCAAGCUAAUAAGAAAGCCAAGCUUAGAAAGGGAGCUAAGUCUCCAAAGAGGAAGUCCUGCAUUAGAUAGUGGUGCAGGAAGUUCACGAUCUGACAGUCCACGUUUGACAGAACUUAGUCCACAUCCACAAUUAAGUCGACAAUAUUCACCAAGCAAUUUUGUAGAACGUGAACCACCUCCACCACCUCCUCCAAGAUGUAGUUCUACACCGCCACCGCCACCACCACCUCAUGCUCCAUAUAGUCAACCAAAUGUACCAAGUAAUAUGCAGCAAAUGCUCAAGCGAAUGUCUCCCGCUCCAGUUGUACCGACACGACCUCCUCCAUCAGCACCGGGUAAUUCUGGAUCUACAUCAGGAUCAGGAAAUCCACCUCAAAGGGGUACAAGCCCUGUAGCAUCGUCUAAUAGUAAUACUAAUAGCCGCCAACCAAUGAUUGUUCAGAAUGGUCCACAAGUACAACAACAAUUAUCUCAACAAAUGCAAGCACUCAGUAUCUAUCAAGCAUGCGAUAGAAAUUCAAGUACGCAGGUUGAACCUCCGCCUCCUUAUCCAAUAGUCCCGUCAUCAUCGUCUGGUCCUGUUCAACCACCAUCUUACAGUGCUUCUAUGCAAAAUAGACAAAGUCCCACACAAUCUCAACAAGACUAUCGAAAAAGUCCAUCAUCUGGUAUAUACUCUGGUCCAACAUCAGCUGGAUCACCAAGUCCUAUUACUGUGUCCACUAUAUCUCCGAGUACACAGGCAUCCAUGGCUAGACCUACACCAUUACAGGCUUGGGGAGCACGUCAAGCUAAAACUCAACCACCUAUUAUUAUGCAAUCAGUUAAAAGUACUCAAGUACAAAAACCUGUUCUACAAACAGCCAUUGCUCCAACGUCUCCUCAACCAAUUUGUACAACUAGUAAUACACCACCACCUCCUCCAUCUUAUGCUUCAUCGAUUCAACAGAAACAACAGCAACAACAACCACCACCAGCAUACCCUCCUGUCAAUAAUACUGGUACUGCACCAUCAAGUUCUGUAAGUGUAGGUGUUUCAGUAGGUGUGCCAACAACAGAACCUCCUAGUUAUGCUACAACAAUGCAAGCAUUAGCAGCACAACGUGGCAUACAUCAUCCACUUCCUCCCCCUCCUUACGGAACAGCCACAGAAGAUACAUCUGGGAUUUCUACAGUAGAAAGUAAUUCAGCACCUCGAUCUUCUCCAAUCGCUCAUCAUCCUCCAUUACAAAGAAAAUAUUCACCAGUGGACAAUUGUCCACAUUCAGUGGAGACACCACCUUUACCUCCAGUAGCAUCGACUUCUGUAUCAGCAAGAAAUAAUAACAAUCACUCAUCUUUACCAGAUGGAAAUGGAGGAAAAGGAGGAAGUGCACCGUCAUCUUAUAAAAUUAAACAUCAAUCUCCUAUUCCUGAACGAAAACAUAUGAGUAAAGAAAAAGAAGAAGAACGUAGGGAUUGUAAAGUUCGUAAUUAUUCUCCUCAAGCAUUCAAAUUUUUUAUGGAGCAACAUGUUGAAAAUGUACUGAAAUCUCAUAAACAACGCUUAUAUCGACGUCUUCAGUUAGAAACAGAAAUGGCUAAAAUAGGCCUAAGUGCAGAAGCACAGUGUCAAAUGAGAAAGAUGUUAUCACAAAAGGAAUCUAAUUAUAUUAGAUUAAAACGUGCAAAAAUGGAUAAAUCUAUGUUUACAAAAAUAAAACCUAUUGGUGUUGGUGCUUUUGGAGAGGUAACACUUGUAAGAAAGCUUGAUACUAAUCAAUUUUAUGCAAUGAAAACAUUACGCAAAGCUGACGUACUGAAUAGAAACCAGGUUGCUCAUGUUAAAGCUGAACGUGACAUUUUAGCAGAAGCUGAUAAUGAAUGGGUCGUUAAAUUAUAUUAUUCGUUUCAAGAUAAGGAUAAUCUUUAUUUUGUGAUGGACUAUAUACCAGGAGGAGACUUGAUGUCUUUACUUAUUAAAUUUGGUAUUUUUAAAGAACCAUUAGCAAGGUUUUACAUCGCUGAACUUACAUGUGCAGUUGAAAGUGUUCACAAAAUGGGAUUCAUUCAUAGAGACAUUAAACCAGAUAAUAUUUUAAUUGAUCGCGAUGGACAUAUAAAAUUGACAGACUUUGGACUCUGUACAGGAUUUCGCUGGACUCAUAAUUCUAAAUAUUACCAGCAAAAUGGUCAUGGUAAACAAGAUUCAAUGGAUCCAGCUGACGACUGGAACAAUGAGUGUCGCUGUAUUCAAUUAAAACCAUUGGAACGCAGGAGACAUAGAGAACAUCAAAGAUGUUUGGCACAUUCACUAGUUGGAACACCAAAUUAUAUUGCGCCAGAAGUGUUACAACGCACAGGAUAUACUCAGUUAUGUGACUGGUGGAGUGUGGGUGUAAUUUUAUAUGAAAUGCUAGUUGGUUCUCCACCUUUUCUUGCCAAUACACCAGCUGAGACUCAAUACAAGGUCAUUAAUUGGGAGACCACACUUCAUAUCCCUAAACAAGCAAAUCUAUCGCCUGAAGGUAUGGAUUUAAUAUUAAAACUUUGCGUUGGCGCAGAUCGUCGAUUAGGUAAAAAUGCAGAUGAAGUCAAGAGUCAUCCAUUUUUUGCAAGUAUUGAUUUUGAAAAAGGGCUACGCCGACAGGUAGCACCUCACAUACCUCGCAUUCAAUACCCUACAGAUACAAGUAAUUUUGAUCCUGUGGAUCCUGACAAGUUAAGAAAUUCUGAAUCCUCAGAUUCUAAUAAGUCAGACGAAUUAUUAGAUAAUGGAAAACCAUUUCACGGUUUCUUUGAAUUCACAUUUAGGCGCUUUUUUGAUGAUGGUGGUGGUCCUGCAUAUCCUAGUCGAAUAAGUUUGGAUGAUAAUGAUAAUCAAGGUCCUGUUUACGUAUGACAGUAGGCUAGUUAAAAGAAAACGAAAAAAAAAUAACAAAUCAUAAAUCUCAUCAGAUAUCAAAAUUAUUGGUGUCUUAAAAACUGCAACCAGUAUCAUAUCUUUCUAAAGUUUUUUCAGCAUUGUGUGGUUAACUAAAUUACACGAAGUCGCAAUUUUUUUUUCAACUUAUAGGUAUAUGAAUACGAACGUAUCGUACUAUAUAAUUAGAAAAAAGAAAAUAUUACAUUAAAGAAAGUACACAUAUUAGAUUAGUGUAUUUUUUGUCAUUAUUACAGAUUUUUAUAUUUUAGAACUGAUUAUAAUUGUUUUCAUGCUUUGUUAGCGCGACUGUACUUCUCGAAUAGUACUAUAUUUGACUUAAAUCAUUAAACUUUCACAUAUCUGCAAAACUGUCCACUACACAUUGUUGUGUUUCUAUGGAAUCACAAAUUAUUAUGGGCAUUUGUAUGAAAUACCACAUCUAAAUUUUGUAUGUUUAUUGCGUCUUAAAUAAUGCCCUAUAUAAUAUAGCUUGAGUGAUCAGGAUCGUUUUCUAUUCCAUAACGUGCGAUUAUAACAUAUGGCUAAGAAAAAAGGCAGGGUAACUUUAAUGGCACAAGUUUACCUUGAUACAAUAAUGGCCAAUAGACACGAAGGGGUAGAAAUAAAAUGAUUAAUGGCUAGGCAAUAUAUUCUCAUGGAGCAUGUUUUUGCAAAUAUUUUGCUUGCCAUUUAUUUUCAUUUAGAUUGGCUUCAUAUCAGAAAGUACGUGUUUAGUACGUUUCAACGAGUACUGUGAUAUUGCAGAUAAUAAUAAUAAGAGUUAUACGGCUUUUAAAUAUAUUGGUCCUAUUUAACAUUUUCUUUUAUAUCAAAUGCUAUGUCGAAUAUAAUUAUAAAUAAUGAUAAUAAUAAUUAUUAUUAAACUAUUAAUUAUUAUACUGUAUAGAUUUGUGAAUGGAUGUAAUGUGUUCAUUGCGUAUUAUGCAGCUUUUAAUUGUCUAAACAUUUUUUAAUAUCUUCAUAUGCUAAGAAAUAUUAUUGAUGAAUUGUUACACUAUAUACAUUACAUACAUAUUUCUUAUAAACCUAAUUCCCCGGAAUAUAAUUUUCGGAAUUAUUGUUAUUUAAAAGCAAAAGGAAAAAUCGUUAAUGAAGAAGUCGUAUAUUAUUUUGCACAAUGAAACUUUGAAAUCGAAAAUUUAAAAUUAAAUAAAGGUAACUCGACUUUUGUAAAAUACUUGUAACUAAUUACAUUGCUGGCACAGUAUCGUUUUUAUAGUCAAGUUGCCAUUGUUUAUAAAGAAACAAUUACAAUAAGAAUGUUAACAAUAGAAAGAAACUUGUAUAUAUGUAUGUAUAUAUAUAUAUUAUUCUAUGAAAUGAUUUAUUUUAAUCUUUGUCUUAUCGAAAGUGAGUCCAAAAUCAGAUAUAUUUUGUUAUCUAUUUCUUUCAAGCUGCAGAAAUCACUAUUAUUUAUGUAAUGGCAAUGGUGUACCUUACAGCAUUAAAAAGUGCCUUCUUUAAAUAAUCUUGUAUUCAGGAUUAAAAUAUUCUCUUCAAAAUCUCUCUUCUGACUGCCGUUUCAUCCUGUCUUCCAACAUCAGCAUAAAAUCAAUAUUUGGAGAAAAAAUAUUUAAAAAUUCUUAUAUGCAGAUUAUAAAUAUUGUAUAUGAUACAAUAAGAAUUGACACAAAAUAAUAUACUAUUUUGAAACGAUUAGAAUUUAACGAAAUAACUGAUUUAUCGAGUACGAGCAAUAUUAAAAUUUAAUUAUUGCAUUACUUGACUGUUGGAAGUGGAGCAGUGUACUAAUAUUGUAUGUACUAUGUACAAAGCUAAGACUAAACACUUAUCCAUACUAAUUUAUUAUUGAGGAAAACUAUAUCUUCAUUAACUGUGCCUUUUAAAUAUUAUAAAAAUAACAUCAUUGUUAUUUUUUUAAUAUCCUUCAUGCUAUAAUCUAUUUUUUCAAAGAUAAAAUGUAAUAUUAAUUAGAAACGUGUAUUUCUAUAUCGUACAUUCUAUUGCCAUAAUUAAAAUAGAUGAUUGAAAAAAAAAACUAUAAAUAAUCUUCCAUGGUAUAUAAUUUUAUCAAUAAUAUUUUGGUGGCAUCAUAAGAACAGACAAUUUUAAACUGUACUUGUAAUAAAUUGUGUAUCUCGAAAAUAUUAGAAAAAAGAAAUGCAAUAAUACAUUAUAUCUCAAAAAAUACAUUUUGUUUUGAAUUUAUACUCUAUACUUAUAAAAAAAAAAUGUAGAUUAGUAUAGAAAAGAAUUAUGUUUGACAUUCGAAUUAUUUAAUGAUACCAAAAUUUUUUGAACUGAAGUAGGAAUAAUAUAAUGUAAAUAAUUUAAUUAUUCGUAUUUAUUUGAUAAUUAUGGAUCAGUGUUAAGUCUGUUGAGAUAAAAACACAGUACUGUAAUCUCUUUUCUAACGCUGUAAAGGUAAGACAUAUUUAUUUAGAAAUUGUUAAAAACAAUUAUUGUUAGCAAAAUUUAUGACAUUAUGAAAUUCGAAUUUUUAUUAUCGGUUUCUCAAAAUUGGUGAUAUUCGUUAUUAAUAUUUAUAUAUAAAUUUAUAUAUAUUUAUACCCCAAGUCUCAAUUAGAGUAUUUAUUUUUUUAACGAAAUAUAUCAAUUAGGUAAAAUAACGAAAAUUUGCAGGUAAUAUGAAAGUCGAAUUUUGUACAUCACAUCUCUCAUAAAUAAUGGAUACCAAAGGGAUUCACAACUACUAUCAUAAAAUUAAAUCUUUGUAUACUACAACCUUGCAUUAUAUUGUUUAUUUCUGCUAUAUAUAUAUAUAUUUUUUUUUUUUUUUUUUUUUUUUGUUUUUUUUUAUUUUUUUUUUUUAUUUUUGUGUGUAUAACUUUAAGUACUGCAAAGGAGUGAGACAUUUUAUCUUAAAAUUAAUGUACCAUAUUGCAGUACUAAUACCAUAAUAAUAAAGACUUUAAGUGAAUUUUAAUUUUAAUAAUAUGGUUUUCAAACAAUAUAGCUAUUAUUUAAAUAAUGCUUUAGGAUAAAUAACACAUUAUUCUGUUUGUAAUACAUUACGCUAUACAUAUAUAUUACAUUUGCUAUUAUUUAACUAUCACAUAUACAUAGAUAACAUUUUCUGGCUUUGUUAAGCUUUAAAAUUUAGCAAUUAUUAAGUACCUCCUGCUCCAUACGAGAAUGUAAUACAUACAUUUUUAUUGCACACUGAGUGUGCAUAUAAUGGUUUAGUUAUAGACGUUACAAUAAAAUAAUAUUUGUUGAAUUGCUACUUGGCAUCGAAAGACUCAGCUCAACUAAUAAAUAUAGUAUCAUACUUGUUCGUUUUCAUGCAUUGAAUUAUUUUAAUAUUAUAUUAUCCUAUACAACAGAUCUGUCAACUCAUGAAAUUAAUUUAUGAAUUUUUAGUUGUACAUUUUGUAAUAAAUCACUUUUGCCUUGUAAUUAUAUUAUAAAAAUAUACGACAAGUUAGUUUGAUAAGUUAGAAUAUAUAUAAAACAUUGUACAUACUUUAGAUAAUUAAUCUAAAUUAAAACGAUCUUCAGUGCUUA